UUUAGUUUGCCACAAUAUGGCAACGAAGAGAUCGAGAACUUAAAAUAUUAGACCAAACAGAGCUCCCAUAAAAACUGGCUACAAUUCAAUUGAAGACAAAUUAUCGCCAGAUACGUACGUUAUUACACAGCAGAGUUCGUACGUAAAAUAGUUUAUUGUUCAUGGCAGUUACACAACCAAACAUUCAACAUAGAAAUUGCAGCUCUUAUUAAUAAGUCGGCAAUCUUCGGCAGACCAGUAUGGAAGGUGAACCGUAUGUAAUUUGUUUGGACAUACGUCCUACGUAAAAAUAUUUUUUCGAAACAUACCAAGAAAGCCUUGCGAUAAAAUCGACAUUUAAAUUAUCAAGUCUUAUGUGUGUAAUAGUCAUUCUGACAUUGAAUAACAAUUCACCCAUCUUCGGCAUAUUGAAAUUGAACGGUGAGGCAAGUGUAGUUCUCUUUCGAAAUAAAGUCUUAUCAAAGUGUCAAACAAAAUAUUUUUUCUAAAUAUUCUAAAAUGUCUUGCGAAAAAAUCAGCAUAGAAAUUAUCAAGACGUAUUUGUGUAAUUUUCAUUCUUUUAUAAAACAAUACCAAGUUCUAAUAAAUGCUCAUGCAAUUAAUUUUUUAACUCACGAACAUUGGAAUUUGAUACCAGAUGAAAUGCAGAAGGAAUUAUUGUCAUUAACUGACGAAGAACUCAAACUGCUCCCAGAGGUGACAGAAUUUUUAGAGAGCAGGGAAAGAGUUGUUGAAAAUAAUAUAACCAAGAAUGACUAUUUAGAAAAACUAUCCUGUUGUUUAGAACAUGAGGAUGUUUCGUCCACCGAAAGAGAUUCAACUGAAGUCCCAUGUAAAUGUUCAGACACUCAGAUUCCAGUCGAUAAAAGUCUCACUGAAUUCUUACAAUCCAUACAAGGCCACAGAUUAGAAGCAUUAAAUGUAGUGACAUCUUUAGACGAGCUUGAACACAAGUUAAAUAUUUUCCCAAUUAAUCGAAACACGAACACUGAUGGGAAUGAAUCCAUGAAUAGUGCGGGGAGAUUGAGUGCUGGAAAUGAAUUCAUGAAUAGUGCGGGGAGAUUGAGUACUGGAAAUGAAUUUAUGAACAAAAAGAAAUCACACGAGAUUGAGAUUAUGUCCAGCAUAUGUUCAGGACUUCAUGAUAAAUAUAAAACCGAUUUGGUUGUUGAUAUUGGAAGCGGUAAGGGUUAUUUGGGAACUCACUUGGCUUCAUAUCACAAUAUUUUAGUUGUGGGAAUUGAUUCCUCUUCUGGAAAUACAAGUGGUGCCAAGAAAAGGUCAAAACUCAUGCAAAAACACCAGAAGAUUUUCUCAAAAACGUCAUUUCAGGGCGAGUUUCAAGUAGUUCAACAGAAGCAGUCUUCAGAUCAGGGUAAAUUGGGAACUCGAGAAGGUAGGCAACAUAGGGUAUCUGAAGUUGAGGGCCAGGACAGAGAGUCUCCUGUUCAAAAGGAGUCUCAAAUUGGCAAUGUGUCGUCAGUUCAGGGGGAAUCUGAAGUCACCAGACAACAGAACAGGUUCCCAGAUCAACAAAAUGAUUUGUCAGAGACUGGAGAUAAUGAACUAAUCCAAAAGGAACCUCCAGUGACAAGCCUAAGAGAUUCUCCACUGCUGAAGAUGGAGUCAUCAGUACUUAUAUCGACAGAAGAUGCAGAACCAGACCAGAGAGAAGAUCCAGCAUCAACUGGUGGUGAUUUAAUGGAACCAGGUCAGAGAGAACCUCCAGUAGAUUUACACAUUUCAAUAGAAGGUGUGUCAACUGAUGAUGUUUCAUCUCAACCAGACCAGAGAGAACCUCUAGUACAUUUAAAGUCAACUGAUCGCGUUUCAACUCAACCAGACCAGAGAGAACCUCCAGUAGAUUUACAGUCAACAGAUGGUGUUUUAUCUCAACCAAACCAGAGAGAACCUCCAGUAGAUUUACAGUCAACAGAUGGUGUUUUAUCUCAACCAAACCAGAGAGAACCUCCAGUAGAUUUACAGUCAACAGAUGGUGUUUUAUCUCAACCAAACCAGAGAGAACCUCCAGUAGAUUUACAGUCAACAGAUGGUGUUUCAACUAAAAUAUAUAACUUGGACCAAUCUGGGGAUAUUGAGAAAUUUUCUAUGUUAAAUAUAGAUGAAGGGGCUGUGGGCAAAACAAAUGUCAAUUUUAGCUCAUUGACUAAGAAUAAAAAACCUGGUAAAGGCAAACAUAAAGAUUCUGGAAAAAGAGUUUUGAAUUAUUUCCCACAAACAUUUUACAUCGAUAAAUCUACUGAAUUAUGGGAUGUGAUUCGUACAUCGUUACCUGAAAAUAUAUCAGAUGCAACUGGUCUCCAUGUUGAUGACAAACUUUCGCACAAAGUCCCCAACAUUCUUUUAACUGGAUUGCAUACAUGUGGAGAUCUAGCAUCCAAUAUUGUUAAGAUUUUUUUGAAAGAAAAGUCAGUUCGUGUCUUAUGUUAUGUAGGAUGUUGUUAUCAUUUAAUGAAGGAACAAUUUCUUGAAUUUUCGGAUCUCCAUCAACGGAAUCAAGACUCUUCCGAAUAUUCGGAUUUCCAUCAAAGGAACCAAGACUCUUCUGAAACUUCUGAUCUGAAUCAACGGAACCAAAAUGUUUCCUUAGCUUCAGAUUCACAUCAACAGAACCAAUACUCUUCUGAAUCUUCUAAUCUUCAUCAACGGAAUCAAAAAUCUUCCAAAUCUUCUGUAUCCCAUGAAAGUAACCAAGACUCUUCCGAAUUCGGUUUCCCACUUAGUGAUACCCUUAUUAAAAACAAAUGUUUUCUUGGUAGAACUGCUUUAAAUUUGGCCGUCCAAUCUCCAUGUAGAAUCAAGAAACAGGAUUCUGAACUACAAGGAAGAACUUUCUUUAAAAGAGCUUUAUUACAAAAAAUAGUCUGUGAUUUGUUUGGGGAAGACACCAAAGUUGGGGGGUUGAGAAAUGUUGAUAAAAAUUGUGCAACAUUUAGUGAUUAUGUAAGGAAAGCAUUCGUCAAACUCGGAUUUCCAACCAAAAAUUUAAGUGAAGAACUUUUAUCAAAUUAUUUUGACAAGUAUAACAAAGAGGAGAAAAAAUUGGCAGCAUUUUUUCAACUGCGAGCUGCCUUGGCUCCAUGCAUAGAAACUCUAAUUUUACUGGAUCGAUUUGCCUUUCUGUUGGAACAGGACAUGUUAGAAAAUGUUUUUUUAGUGCGUUUAUUUGAUGCGGAAGUGUCACCGAGGUGUUACGGAUUUGUAGCUAUAAAGAAAUAAAAACAAAAUGGAGAAAAUGUUCCAAUAGUCCA